AUGGCGGACGAGGAUUUCGAGAUCGAUGUCUAUGGCGACGCGCCUGACGCGAACGAUGCGGGUGACUCUACGAAUGCCGACACGACCACUCUCGAUGGUUCUAAACCCGAAGAAUCUAACAACCACGCAUACGAGAAUAACUCUUCAAUAACAAUAGCCAAUGGUUCUAACCCCGAUUCUAUGGCGCAUUCUCAUCACGAUGAUCAGGAAGAGCAAAACAACAUGCAUACAUACAACGAACGUGCAACACCUAGCCAGAGCUUGAAGCGCAAGGAGGUAUCUGAUGACCGCCCCAUUGAUCCCGGCGCCACUAGCGCUCUCCUCCUAUCUGAGUUGCAGUGGUGGACCACUGAUGAUGAUAUCCGCGGUUGGAUCCGUCGCGCUUCCUGUGAGGAGGAGCUGAAGGACAUUACAUUUAGCGAGCAUAAGGUCAACGGUAAAUCUAAGGGACAAGCGUACGUAGAAUUUACUUCCCAACAAGCUGCCACUGCAGCCAAGCGCCAGUUUGAGAAUAUCGCAACCGAGCUUGCGCAGCCUGGUGGCAAGAAGACGACAGUCAUCUACACCUCCCACACCACCAACCCGUUCAAGACACUUCCUAAGGAUGCUCCUGCUCGAGCUAAUAAGGAUGGAGGUUCCCGAGGGGGGUCUUCCAUGGGAGGUUACAAUGAUCGAGGUGGCUUCCGUGGUCGCGGCGGCGGUGGCUUUAAUGGUCCCCGAGGCGGAUUCCGAGGCAAUUAUCAGGGCAACAUGGGAGGUGGUUUCCAUGGCAAUAACCCUGGCGGCUUCAACAAUAACAUGGGAGGCGGCAACUUCGGAGGAGGCGGAUUUGGCAACAUGGCUGGAGGCGGCGGCGGUGGUCCCGGCUUUAACUUCCGCGGUGGCGGUAUGAUGCCGGGCGGAGGAGGUAUGCGCGGGGGCGGCAUGCGAGGAGGACGUGGCGGCGGUAUGAAUCCCGCCAUGAACGCUGGCAUGAUGGGAGGCAUGGGCCCUAUGGGAAUGCCCAUGAUGGGCUUCCAGCAACCGGCGCACUUCAACCCAGCAUUCUUCGGCGGAAACCAACAAUCAGACUGGCAGAACCCCCACGGCGCCAAGCGACCUCGUGAGAACUAG